AUGUUCUUUCUUGUUAUAUUUAUAUUUACUUGUGCAGCAAAGGCUGGGCUGAGUCUGAAUGUCUCCAAUCCGUGCCCAAGCAUGUGCAAAUGUACACCUGAAGAGACCAUCCUCUGCAACAGAGCUGGACUGAAAACCCUACCUGGAGAAAUAGCAGCAUCCACCAUCUCGCUAAACCUCUCCAACAAUUACUUGCGGAUUCUGAACACCAACACCUUCAGAAACCUGACUUUCCUUCACAGCCUCUGGCUAGACGGGAACAAUCUGACUUUCCUGACCCCAGGAACUUUCCAUGCUCUCAGCAGCCUGCAAGAGCUGCACCUCAGCAGGAACUCACGCCUCACCCACCUGCACGCAAACACUUUCAGAGGACUAUUAAACCUCAUCAGCCUGGAUUUGUCCCACUGCAAUAUCUUUGAAAUCCACCCACUUCUAUUUUCACACUUGCCUUCUUUAGAAAGCCUUGAUUUAGCCUUCAAUAACAUGCGGUACAUUCCACAAGCCUUUAGGAACCUCUCCAGCCUCACAAGGCUGUCCCUGGAAGGCAACCACGUAGAAGCCAUCGGCAGAGAUUCCCUGAAGGACCUGGAAACCCUGUACGAUCUGAAUCUCCGGAAGAAUCGGAUAUGGAUGAUUCAAAAUGGAGCUUUCGCAAAGCUUCUCAGACUGGGCACAUUAAAUCUAGGACACAACUUCGUCACUGAUUUGCCUAAUCAGCUUUUUGAAGGAUUGAUCCAGCUCAAGACCAUGCACCUCGAAGCCAACAGAAUCGCUGCUGUCGGCUGCACCUUCAGACGACUGCUCAACUUGAGAAACUUGUACUUGAACAACAACCAGAUCUCCGCCAUCUCAGACUCCGCCUUUUUGCACCUAAACAAGCUGCACUUCCUUCACCUGAGCAGAAACAACCUCAGCUCCCUGCCCGCGCGCCUGUUCGCCGAAAUGACCGAACUGAAGUACGUGUUCCUGUCCCACAACCCCUGGCGGUGUGACUGCAGCAUGCUCUGGUUCUGGCGCUGGACGGCCCCGCGCCGGGCUGUCAUCGAGGGGCUGGACUGCGCCUUCCUGGGCGCUCCCAACACCACAGCACCUGAGCAGCCCCGCCCUGGGGACCUGGGGGACUGCACCAUGCCACCGGAGCUGGCCGCUGAAGACAAGUGCAGGGUGGCUGGUACCAGCGUGGCUCCCAGGCCCCCGGCUCUGCCCGGCCAGCUCAUGCUGCUGGCACUUGCCUGCCACACGUGGUACAAUGAGAGGGGAUGGGGCACCGCGGCGGCCACGUCUUAA